GAAAGUAACUCAAACCAAGAACUCACAUUGACGUUGCUAGGGAAGUGCAACAGAAAAUCCUGUCCUCGACCCCGUGCCCGCAAUCCUAGAACUGGAACCAUUCAUGACUACUGCUCUUUGCGGUGUGCACAGCAGGCAAAAUACCUUCCAGAACCAGGUGAAGGUGAGACUUCCUCAUGGGAAGGCUGUGACUCGAGCAUGGAGCUCCUCAUUGCCCUGGAGAUGUCGAGACUCCAGAUGAUUGAAGACGAGGCAAGAAGAAGGCUGUCAUGGCUGCAAGAGCACUCUCGGGAACACGGCUGGGAUGGAACAGGGGACGCCAGAGCUGUCCAAGGUACAAAGCUGUGGUUGAGGGAUUAUGUACUUGUGAUGUUGACUGACGUUGUUUCCUGUUAGUGUAUCCUGUAUAAUUUGUAUCUUGGCAAUAGAAAAGAAAUAGCAAAUAAAAAGCUAAGCAUUACUGAUAUA